AUGAUAACUAGCGAUAUUUCUACAAAACAAGGCUAUUACCAUUUCAAAUACGUCCCUGGAAUAUACGCCUACUGGGACAUCGCAUAUGAAAAGGCAGAUAUCCUAAUUGGCCAAAUGACACUUGCCCAAAAGGUCAACAUUACUACAGGAGUUGGGUGGAUGGGUGGACCUUGUGUUGGGAAUUCUGGAAUGACCACAAAUCCCGAUUUUCCUGGGCUCUGUCUGCAGGAUUCUCCGCUUGGUGUUCGAUUUGCAGAUUUUGUGAGUUCUGGAGUUGCAGGCAUCAAUACAGCCGCAUCAUUCGAUCGAAAGGCUAUUCGGAACCGAGGCCAAUAUAUGGGGAGAGAGUUUAGAGAUAAAGGGAUCAAUGUCCAACUCGGUCCGUCAAUGAACAUGAUGCGCACCCCAGAGUCUGGGAGAGCCUGGGAAGCAUUUGGUGAAGAUCCAUAUUUAGCUGGUGUAGCUUCUGCGGAGACAAUUAUUGGUAUCCAAAGUCAAGGAGUGAUUGCAACAGCUAAGCAUAUAAUUGGGAAUGAGCAGGAAUUUAACCGUGAAACGCAAUCGACAGAAAUAGAUGACAAGACUCUUCACGAGGUCUACUUGUGGCCCUUUGCGAGAUCUGUAGAAGCCGGGGUAGCCUCUGUGAUGUGUGGCUAUAAUAAGUUUGACAGUAUCUGGGCGUGUGAAAACGACCAUGUUCUUAAUAAGUUAUUGAAAGACGAACUUGGCUUUAAGGGGUUUGUCCAAAGCGACUGGUCUGCUACACAUUCAACAUCUGACAGCGCCAAUAAUGGGCUAGACAUGACCAUGCCAGGGGAUAUUACAUUUCUCUCGGGAGAUUCUUAUUUCGGUGCAAAUCUGACCAAGGCUGUUGGGGAUGGCGAAGUGCCAGAAGAGCGCGUAACUGACAUGGCCCGCCGUAUAGUGGCCGCAUGGUACAAGCUAGGCCAGGAUAAUAGUUUCCCUCAAGUUAAUUUUGAUAGCUUCCACCCAGAACUUGGGAAGCACGUCAAUGUACAAGGUAGACACAGAAAAUUGAUUCGUUCAAUGGGCUCUGCAUCUACUGUACUACUCCGCAACGUAGACCAGAUUCUACCUCUCUCUACAAGCCUGAAUAAGAUAGCCAUUAUUGGCAGUGAUGCUGGUCCUAACCCAAAUGGUCGAAAUGCAUGCGUGGACCAUGGAUGCAAUGUAGGAACACUUUCCCAAGGCUGGGGAUCAGGUACAUCUGACUUCCCUUAUUUAGUCACCCCUUUGGAAGGAAUCCACGAUCGAUCUGCUGAUAUAGAUAUUGCCUACAGUCUUGAUGACUGGAACAUUAGCCUAGCUGCUGAAUUGGCAUCAGGAGCAGAUGUAGCAUUUGUGUUCGUAAACUCUGACUCGGGGGAAGCCUACAUUACUGUCGAAGGGGCAAUGGGUGACCGUAAUGAUACUUCUCUGUGGCACAAUGGAAAUGCUUUAGUUAAUGCUGUUGCAGAUACAAACCCAAAUACUAUUGUUGUCAUUCAUGCUGUUGGUGCAGUUGAUAUGCCCUGGGUGAAUCACAAGAACAUUAAGGCUAUCUUGUGGGCUGGACUUCCAGGACAGGAGUCUGGAAAUGCAUUGGCCGACGUUCUAUUUGGAGACGUGAAUCCAUCAGGUCGCCUACCGUUUACUAUAGCAAAGGCUAGAGGCGAUUAUGGGCCCAAGAUUUCUUUCACGCAGACUGCUUCUUAUGAUGAGGGUAUUUUAAUUGGGCAUCGUUGGUUUGACGAACACGAUAUCGAACCUCUGUUUGAAUUUGGGUUUGGUCUUUCAUACACUAAAUUUUCUUACGGCCCACUUACUCUUCUGAAAUACAUUGACGAUGAAGAUACCAGAGUGUCUUGUUUUGUCACCAUCAAGAACGUCGGUGAGCUUGCUGGUGCAGAGGUUGUCCAAGCCUAUCUUCAGUUUCCAGAAAUUGCCGAUGAGCCUCCAAAGCUGUUGCGAGGAUUUGAAAAAGUCUAUCUUAAAACAAACCAUCAUGAACUGGUUGCUUUUGAGUUUGGAAAAACCGAACUUAGCUAUUGGGAUGUUGAUUCUCAAGAAUGGGUAAUCCCAUCAGGCGAAUAUGUGCUUCAUAUUGGUUCCAGCAGUAGGGAUAUUAAACAGAACGCGACCUUUACUUUGGCUUAG